GGAAAAACAGCAAUGGCGACCAAAAGCAAGGAUUUGCGUGAAAAACUAAAAACAGAUGUCCCAACAAGGCGACAGUACAGAAAGAAGCGAUUUUCUGACACUAGCGAUGAGAGUGAAGUUGAAGAAGUACCUAUAAAAACCAUAAAGAAGGAACGCAAACCCCGGCAUGACUUAAAAGAGGAAACCGGCGAAGUGGUUGACGAAGCCAAGAAAACACAGAGUGGAAUCACACAGCGAAGGCUCUUUUCCGAGGAACAGUGCGAGCUCAUAGAAAAGAAAAUUGAUGAAGUGGUUCAUAUUGCACAUAGAGGUGUUUACAAAGAACAUACAGUUGACAGAGCACCCCUAAGAUACAAGUAUUUCUUUGGAGAGGGUUACACAUACGGUUCUCAGUUAGAAAAGAAAGGUCCUGGUAUGGAGAGACUUUAUCCAAAAGGAGAGGUUGACGACAUCCCACAGUGGAUUAAUGAUCUGGUCAUAAAGCCCAUUGAAAAUGCAGGACUGGUUCCAAAGGGAUUUGUAAAUAGUGCUGUUAUAAAUGACUACAUGCCUGGAGGAUGUAUUGUAUCUCAUAUUGAUCCACCUCAUAUUUUUGACCGACCAAUUAUAUCGGUAUCUUUUUUCAGUGACAGUGCCUUGUCAUUUGGAUGCAAGUUUUCUUUUAGGCCUAUUCGUACAACAAAGCCUGUGUAUGUUCUACCCAUUGACAGGGGAUGUGUGACUUUGUUGGGUGGAUAUGCUGCAGAUGGUAUCACACAUUGUAUAAGACCACAAGAUGUUGUAGAAAGAAGGGCCGUCAUCAUAUUGCGCAAAGUUUGUGAUGAUGCCCCACGACUAGACCCAGUAACCAGCACACAGAUACGGCCAGCAUAUGAUGCAAGAAAGAGACGAAGACCACAGUCAUCUGACUCAAACAGUUCUGGAAGUGAUGUUGACCACAGGUCUCACAGGCACUCCAGCCACAAGAAGACGCGACAUUCCUUUCCCAUGUCUGGUUCCCACUUCCAGCAUGACAACAGAGGUGGUGGUGACUACCGGAACCGUAGGGAGGAACAUGUACACAGGUCACGACAUUCACGUAGUCACCGUUCUGCUUCCCCUCAACAUCACAGAUAUGGACGACGGGAAGUGAAAUAUACUGUUAGAUAGAUACUUGGUACAGUACUCGUAUCUUCAGAAUAUACGGUUAGGUGGAUAUAUGAUACAGUACUCAUUAGAAUACACUAAGGGUUGAUACAUCAGAAUAAAAUGUUAGGUAGAUGCAUGCUACAGUACUCUAUAAUCAGAUUAUACUGUUAGGGAGCAUGGUACAGUGCACUACCCGUAUAUACUGUAACGUAGAUAAAUGGUACAGUGCUCUAUUGUCAGAAUGUACUUUAAGGUAGAAACAUGGUACAUUGCUCUAUCAUCAGAAUGUACUGUCCGGUAGAUGCAUGUAACAGUGCUCUAUUGUCAGAAUGUACUGUAAGGUAGAAACAUGGUACAGUGCUCUAUCAUCAGAAUGUUCUGUCAGGUAGAUGCAUGAUACAGUGCCCUAUCAUCAAUGUACUGCAAGGUAGAAACAUGGUACAGUGCUCUAUCAUCAGAAUGUACUGUUAGGUAGAAACAUGGUACAGUGCUUUACCAUCAGAAUGCACUGUAAGGUAGAUGCAUGAUACAGUGCUCUAUCAUCAGAAUAUAUGUACAGUGCUUUAUCACCAGAAUGUACUGUUAGAUAGAUGCAUGGUACAGUGCUCUAUCAUCAGAAUAUAUGUACAGUGCUCUAUCAUCAGAAUGUACUGUAACAGGGUUGCCAGCGGACUUGAAAAGUCAGGGAAAUUGGGUAUUUUUUCAAGGUCAGGGAAUUGUCAGGGAAUUUUGAAAUUUGGUCAGUGAAAAAUGAAAAUCCUGAAAAGUCAGGGAAAAGUCAGGGAAAAAUUAUUUCAAAGGUCGAAAAAUAUACGCAUUGAAGGUCUUUCUUGGCUAUGGCAGUCUUUAGGCAUUUAAUAUUUGACUUUAUCACUCUCACAGUUAAGCAUUAAAUUCAAAUAACAGUAAACUGUGAUAUUAAGAAGCAUUAUAUGUUAACUUAGUGAUUAUAAUACCCAUUAUUUAACUUAGAACAUCAUUCAGCCUAAAGACUGAAAGGCUUUGCAACCCUUGCCUCCAGAGCUGACUAAUACGUAAUUUCUGUUGUAUUGUAGGAAUAUAACACCAGAAAAGAGAAUUUACCUGACAUUAUAUUCUAAUCUAUAGAUUAUUAUCCUUGUUUCAGGUGUUGCGGUUUCUUUAUAUCAUCUAAUAAAGGGAUUUGAUGGCAGAUAAUAUAAUUAAAUUACUCUGUUUCAGGCUCUUCCUUGUUAGCAUGACAAAUUAACAAAUAUGAGUUCAAAACAGACAUCUUUCAAUAAUAACUGGCUUACGGACACAGAGUUUAAGUGUUGGGUAGGAAAAGACCCAAACAAUGUGCUUACUUACACUUACUUACCAUACUCAUUCAAAGUCUUUAAUUUUAUAGUGAUUAUUUCAUGAUAUGCCAAAAUGAGCCCUAUGUUCUUGUUUUCAUGCUAAUGUUUCACAUGUUUCACUGACCAACAGUCACACUGUGUUUGAAUAGAAAUAGUUAAGAAUAGUAGAACACUAUGUUUGAAUCAUUACUUUGAUGUACAAUGUAAAUGUUUUAUAUUUUGGAAAAUAAAUACAAGUUUACAUGCAAAAAUAUAAUGGGAGGAUUGGACGGCUAUAGGGGAGGUCAGGAGGCCGUUUAUGUGUUUGACGAUUUUGGUCAGUGAAAAACAUGAAUUGGUCAGUGAAAAGUCAGGGAAAAGUCAGGGAAUUUUAUUUCACCAAAGUGCUGGCAACCCUGUGUAAGGUAGAUGCAUGAUACAGUGCUCUAUCAUCAGAAUAUACUGUCAGGUAGAUGCAUGGUACAAUGCUCUAUCAUCAGAAUGCACUGUAAGGUAGAUGCAUGGUACAGUGCUCUAUCAUCAGAUUGCGCUGUAAGGUAGAUGCAUGAUACAGUACUCUAUCAUCAGAAUAUACUGUCAGGUAGAUGCAUGGUACAGUUAUCUAUCAUCAGAAUAUACUGUUAGGUUGAUAAAUGGUAGAUACAUGAUACAGUGCUCUAUCAUGCGAAUACUAUGAGUACGAUGUAUACUGUUAUAUUACUUUUUCAAAAUGUUACCCUGUUUUUUCACUGUUUCUUUAAGUUAUUUCUUCAGGCAUUAAAACAGUUUUAGCUGAAUUGAAAUUUCAUUUUGUUUGUUUACAAUUGUUUUCUGCAUAUACAUAUUCAAUGGUUUUGAGAAAAGCUUUUACCGGUAUGUACAAACUAGUGUAAAUAUUCUUUAUCAAUGUGUUUCCAGUUGUUGAGAUUGAAAUUUUGGCAUUGUGUAGAUUAUGUACAAUAGUUACAUGUUGUAUUUGUUAUGAAACUAGUCAUUGCUAACAUCACAUGAUCGAAUGAAUGACACUUGCCCACCUUUAAUACUUAUGUACAAUCUUUACUCCAUUUACAUGUUUCUGGCUCAUAUAUAUUUUUGUCCCAGCUUGUAUGUUUGUAUCAAUUAUGAUGUACCAGCUUUUUCAAUAUUAAAAUAAAGAAGAAAUCCAGGUUGCAGAUCCAACUUUAUUAUAAUCAAUCAGAUAAAUAGAUUAGUGCAUUUAAUAGCUUGAAAAACAAAUAGGGUACAGUGCCAUGUUAAGAAAUUUGCACUAAGAUAGUGUCGUGAUUGUUGUAGCCUUGGAAAGCAAUGCUGCUGUGUGGAGUACAUAUUAUUAAAACAGUGCUUUUUGUUUUAUAUAAAUUCGUUAUUGUUUUAAUUGGUUUUAUGCGAUGAAGGUUCCUAAGCAAUGUUUUGUAAAAAAAAAAUGUGUUACAAUUCAGGAAGGCAACUGAUUUUGCAUAUAUUUUGUUUAACAGUUUCACACAAAUAAUGAUUCAAGUUCUGGUUGGUUUAUUAGUAUCAUAUUAAACCUGUUGCUCUUUGUUGUUGCUUUGUUAGUGAUUGAGUGAAAACUUUGAACACGUUUUAAAACAAUCUUUUUUGUUGCAUUCAGGUUCACCAGCAUUUUUUUUUGUCAAUAGUCAAAUGUCUUGCAUUCUUCUGAUAUUUGUUCAUUUGUAUUUUGCCAAUGUUAAAAAAAAUCAGGGGCGUAGCUGGGAUGGAAUCAAUGUGUAGGCUGAAUUCUAUUUUCAGAUUUUUUUGACUGUAUAAUUUCAGAGGUGCGUUUUGGCUUAUAUUUGGUACAAAUCAGAAUGUUUCAUAGACCAUAUAUAUCAUGAAAUAUUACUUAGAUUUAAGUCUCGUGACUUGAAUAAAUUUGACAGCAACUGAAAAUUGAUAUUGUAUUGUUAACUAAGACACUUUCGCUGGCUAUUUUCCACUUGAGGUUUGUUUCCUUCAUUUACAUAAUAAUAUUGUUGAAUUAAAUAUAUGCUAAACAAUAUGCUUUAACCCGCGAGUAUUUUUAUACCUUAUAAAUGUUUGUUUUUUGGAAAUCUGUAGGCUGUGGCCUAUAGGAAGCUACGCCCCUGAUAAUGAUUGAUUUGAUUACCUCUUGUUUUCUCAUGUUCAGUUAAUAUAUUUUAAGUAUCUCGAUGAAUGAAAACCCAGACUUAGUUUUUCAAGGUUCUUGCCAGACAACCUUCAUUCAGAGAGAGGGAAUGCUAUUAGCUUGUAACUAUCUCCUAGUGAUGAUUUAUGUAUAAUAUGUGUUGUUUUAAUGUAUCUUCAUGAAAUAGAUCAUGCUAAUACUAACAUUCAUUCACCAAAAAUUUACUCUUUAUCUGAUUGAACUUGUUUUGUUUAAGUUGUUAAGCGUUAUUGUUCUUUGGUAAAUAAAAAAGUAUUUCUGAA